AUGUCGAAACUCCGCGUCAAUCUCAGAUACAGAAGCCUGGAUAAUCGUCGACUUGGAAAUUCAAUAAUCUCAACCCACAGGUUAUUGUACGCUAGAUACAGGGCUACUCAUUUUGAGGCACGUUGGUACACAACAGAAGCCAGGGAGAACAAGGACUUGGACGUCACGCAUUCACAUUUCCUCGCAGAAGCACCAUCCGGCGCCAAAUGGCAUCCAGGUGGACUCAACGGAAAUAGCAGCUCGCAGGAAGGACAGCCGCGUUCGGGACAAGACGACCUACCAGAUGGUGUUACAGAAACUAGAGGUAAGAGCUGUCUGCCUCAAGAUCAUCACCACGCACUCAACUCGCAUGACAUCUUCAAGCUCAUCUUGCCUUUGGGAAGACUUUCUCAUCCAUCCAGCAAUCGAAUAGAGCCCACAAAUCACAAGAAGCAACGGAGUAGCCCAACGCACAACACACCACCAACCGUGUUUCUCCUCCACCCUUCCCAACCUCUAUCCCACGUCAGCCGCCUAAUACUUGCCUCACUCGCUCCAGCUACACCAUCUGUGUCCUUUAGAAGCGUGUCCUCGAACGGGCAAGCUUUCCAGUGGUCAGGCUCCACUGACGUUGGGGAUUUCAUCCGCGACGCGGCACACGCUGCAGAGUUCACAAUAUGCAUGUCCUACGGCCCCGAGGAUGCAAGGAAGCGUCUUCUGCCUUCGAACGGGCAAGAAGACCCCCGCAUGGCACCUAUAGACGCGGGCGAGAUCCAAGGCGGCGAGAAGGUUGAGAAUGGUAUAACGGAGACUCUCUUGACGGUCACUGUGCCUACAUUCGCCGACAGGACGCGUUUCCUGAGAAGAAGGCUCAACUUCGUCAUAGGGAAGUUGAAAGAUAUGGAAGGCCUGAAGCAGAAGUGCGACCAGGAGGCACGUCAAGGCGCACGGAAGAUGGCUCUGGGUGGGUUUGGGAUGCUCAUCGUAUACUGGGGCGCUGUUGCUAGAUUAACUUUCUGGGAUUACGGGUGGGAUGUGAUGGAGCCAAUAACAUACCUAUCAGGUUUGUCUACCGUUAUCCUUGGAUAUCUAUGGUUCCUCUACCAGGGCCGCGAAGUCUCUUACACCUCCGUUCUCGCGCGGAGCAUCUCCGCUCGCCGAGAGGUCCUGUAUAAAGCCAAAGGAUUCAACAUCGACCAUUGGAUGGAGCUCAUUGCCGAAAAGAGAGCGCUUCGUGCAGAGAUAGGCAGAAUUGCGAGGGACUAUGAAGGCGACGAUGACAAUAGCAAAGGUGCCGACGAGGCUGAGGUUGAUUCAGGACCGGAGAGGGAGGAGGGCCUGCAGGACGAGGGACGAGGUACGGCUGAGCAGGAGGCGCAACACCUCUUGCAAGAUGGAAGGACAGGAGAGGUAGAGGAUCGCGAAGACAAGGACAUAUAUUGUUUGAAUGAAGAGAACGUCGACGUUGAUCGUGAUGAAGAACAUGGAAAAAGGCAAGCUCGAAAGGCAGAUCGUGCCGGGCUUUAG